CAACUUUCAAGGUCAUAUUUUUCUCUCCUCUUCAUCUCUUUAGAUACUUUCAAAUUCGUGCACAGAAGAAGAAGAAGAGGAACUGCAUGAUAUUCUGAUUUAUUUAUUUUCUUGCUCAAGUAGUUUAGUAUGACAAUGGUUUCCCAAGAAGCUAUCGAGAAGUUGCUUGAUUUGAUGGAAGAAGUUGAAGAACCAUUAAAGAAAAGUUUUCAGAAUAUGCAUCAAGGAUAUCCAACUGAAAGUUUGGUGCGGUUUCUCAAGGCUAGAGACGGGAAUGUCUACAAAGCGCAUAAGAUGCUAAUUGAUUGCUUGACCUGGAGGGUGGAAAAUGAGAUUGAUAAGAUAUUAACGAAACCAAUUGUUCCCACUGACUUGUAUAGAGGUGUGCGGGAUUCCCAGCUACUAGGAUUGUCAGGUUACUCAAAAGGGGGCCUUCCUGUCUUUGCUAUUGGUGUUGGGCAAAGCACAUUUGACAAAGCUUUGGUCCAUUAUUAUGUCCAGUCACAUAUCCAAAUCAAUGAAUAUCGUGACCGUGUUGUGCUGCCUCAUGCAACAAAGAAGUGUGAACGCUAUAUUGGGACCUGUCUGAAGGUUUUGGACAUGACUGGUUUAAAGCUUUCCGCACUCAGCCAUAUUAAGCUACUGACAGUAAUAUCUACUGUUGAUGAACUCAAUUACCCGGAGAAAACCAAUGUCUACUACAUCGUAAAUGCCCCAUAUAUAUUUUCAUCAUGUUGGAAGAUUGUGAAGCCUCUUUUGCAAGAAAGAACGAGGAAGAAAAUUCAGGUGCUCCAAGGGAGUGGGAAAGAAGAGUUAUUGAAGGUAAUGGACAAGGAAUCACUCCCUCAUUUCUGUAGGAGAGAAGGUUCAUCUCUCCGUUCAAACCCGAACAACUGCUUCUCCAUGGAUCAUGCGUUCCACCAACAGCUUUAUCAUUACAUCAAGCAGCAAUCUAUGAGGAGUCCUACCAAACAAAGACCAUUCCACGUAACGUUACCAGAACCAAACUCAGAAGAAAAAUAUAUUGCCAAAACUAUAGAACACGAGUUCCACAAUUUUGGUAAGCGAAACGGUCUCUCUCAUUCAUUUGAGGGUCUGGAAAUCAACGUCGAGUGAUACUACGUACUAGAGAAGAAAAAUAAUACCUGUCCAUUUGUAACAUCUUCUUAACUUAAUUAAAAACCCAACACGUGAUGUCAGAUCAGUUGUCAUAUCUAAGAAGUGGGUUUUUGAUGUUUCUUCAAUGUUGGCAAAUGCUAGAUGGGUCUAUAAGAAGCUCGCCUGCUAGAGUGGAUGAAAAAGAUGAAGCAGAAGCAUGAGCCUUGUUUAGUUAAAUUUGUGUUCGAUUUUGCAGUUUGUACGCUUUAGAUUUGCCUGGUUAUAUUACGCCACGCAAAUACGCAAUGUACAGACGAAUAAAAAUGAAAUGUAAGUUGUGAUCUAUGUGAGCAGAUUUAAGCCGCUCUUUUUUCUCUUCUUUUAAAGGACGAACCUAUGCCUUUAGGCUAUAGGUGAGCAA